AUGGAUAACCGCGGUUCUUUCUUCUUCUUCCUGCUGGUUUUUUACCUGCUUCUCAGCUCUCAGUCGCAUCCUCCGUUGAUAGAUGAGGAUCGCGAACGUCAGCGUGAGCUUGAUCGAGAGCGAUACGCGCUACAGCUAUUGAACGAGACGAAAUAUGGGGAUUUCGAUCCACCAGCGGGUCGAUGGCUUCCUUUCGCCGGAGUACGGAAGAACGAUACCUACGCAUGGGAGUUAUUUCAACAGGUUCAAGGCCGCGCUCGCCAUCAGCUGCAAUCAGCCCUCGACAAUGCCGGGCUCCAACCUCCGGGUAGACUAGAUGAUUCCGACUUAUCGUCACCAUUGAAUCUCACCAACCUCUUCCUCCCAGUGUAUCGAAACGUAACAGGGAAGAUACAAGGGGACUGGGUACGAAGGUCAGAUGUCCAACGCCAGACGCCUCUCAACACCACCGCGAUUGCCCUGGAGCACGAAUACUAUGACACCGAGUUUGGUUCCAACAUCACGGGCAACGGAGGCACUUUUCAUUUCGAUCUUGAGGACGGUGGUGGUGAGGAGCUUCGCGUUGGAGAAGGCCUUGUCCGUGAGAUACGGGCGACCCUGACGGUCGAAAGCAAUGACUUCUGGGGAAGCAACUGGUACUUUUCGUUGUUCGGUGUUCACUUUCCCGAAACCGGAGGGAUACUCUUGAGUACCACCAGCGAGAAAUAUGGUGGCAUAUUUGCGUUGCCGCAUUUCGCCCUUUCUCCCGACACUUAUGAGCUAUCCCACGAGCUUCUCAUCAAGUCACUGUCAAAAUCCAUUUCGGAGAAGCAAAAUAGGCUUCCAACUUUCUUACCAUGGUCCAUCUUGGCAGGGACCGAUCAGAUCGAGUUUCCAGCGCCGAGAUGCGAGCAUAUCAUCUUCCUCCAGCAACAUCCUGUCAUGGUCGAUAACAAGGUCGCGGAUCGAUUGUUGCUAGAGCGAAUAGAACAAGAGCUCAGGUACCCCAUAGGUGCCCCGAUUCCUGACCCACCUCUCAUGGUCAUGUCGACGGUUGUCUUUUCUCCCGAUUGUGGUUACAUACUCGAGUCCAAAGGCACCCCAGAAUUCCCACCGUCCGAUUCGCUGUACCUAUCAGGGCCCAAGAAUGAGCAGUAUGGUAAAUAUGCGGCGCGUCUUAUUUUUGUUGUGUCUGGUGUGUUCGCUGGCCAGAUCGCCCUUCUCCUCCGUCAGAUCAAAGAGGCUUCGACUCCGUCUACGAGGAGUCGUGUCAGUUUCUAUACCAUUGCAUUGAUGGCGCUCGGCGAUGGAUUGGUGCUUUCUUUCAUUGUAUUCGAGCUUUAUGCCGCUGUGUCCUUCCUGGUACUAACAACUGCUCUGUUUUUGGCUUUACUUUCUGUGAGUUACAUUGGCAUGAAUUUCAUGAUCGAAAUAUGGGCUGUUCAGGAGCCGGAGAGACGGGAAGAACGGCCUGUCAACCCGCCAGCUCCUAUCACCCGUCCAGGAGAGCUGCCGUUGCCUGCUACUGCUUCCUUUCGGGAUACCGGUGCUACACCGAUUAUCUUGACGCCUGAUCAAGAUCCUCCGGCCGAUGAUUUGGAACAGCCACCUACCAACAACCGUACGGGGGCCCCUACGCCAGGAGAGCUUCGCACCGAUGUGGGCUCCAUGUAUGCACGCUUCUACCUGGCGUUCUUCGGGAUGUUCAUCAUGUCUAUGUGGGCUUUGCUUCUACCCCGGAGAAUGACUGCAAUUUAUGGGCGUGUUAUUACCGCGAUCUACCUAUCAUUCUGGGUCCCGCAGAUCUAUCGCAACGUCAUGCGAAACUGUCGCAAGGCGCUGAGAUGGGAUUUCGUCGUUGGCCAGAGCGUCCUCCGGCUCUUUCCUUUCGUGUAUUUCCUUACAGCUCGUGGAAAUGUCUUGUUCAUUCGUCCUGACUGGACAACCGCUUUUGUCGUGGUUGGAUGGGUGUGGAUUCAAGCUUGGGUCUUGGCCAGCCAGGAUGUUCUAGGCCCUCGGUUCUUCGUCCCUCGCGGCUGGGCACCUCCUGCUUACGACUAUCACCCAACCUUGCGGGAUAUGCCCGGACCCGACGAGGAUCCUGAAGCCGGAGGCAUUCUUUCCAUUGCAUCACUCCGAGCGGAUGAACGGGAUCUGGUUAGCGACACAAAGGACGAUGACAAGCACAAAUCUAAGGAUCGCAAGAAGGUUGUAUUUGACUGUGCCAUUUGCAUGCAAGACAUUGAGAUUCCUGUUCUCUCUGCGCCGACUUCUGCAGGCGGAAGCAGCGUUGCCGAAGGCGCCUCUAAUAUCUUGAGCCGUCGGACAUACAUGGUUACACCUUGUCGGCAUAUAUUUCACACUGCUUGUUUGGAGAGCUGGAUGAGGUUACGCCUCCAGUGCCCAAUUUGCCGUGAAUCCAUUCCCCCUGUAUAG